AUGGACCAUUAUGAUUCCCAGCAAACCAACGACUACAUGCAGCCCGAAGAGGACUGGGAUCGAGACCUGCUGCUGGACCCGGCCUGGGAAAAGCAGCAGAGAAAGACAUUCACGGCGUGGUGCAACUCGCACCUGCGCAAGGCGGGGACGCAGAUCGAGAACAUAGAGGAGGACUUCCGGGACGGCCUGAAGCUCAUGCUGCUGCUCGAGGUCAUCUCAGGUGAGCGCCUGGCCAAGCCGGAGAGAGGCAAGAUGCGGGUGCACAAGAUCUCCAACGUCAACAAGGCCCUGGACUUCAUUGCCAGCAAGGGGGUCAAGCUGGUGUCCAUCGGAGCGGAAGAAAUCGUGGAUGGGAACGCGAAAAUGACCCUGGGCAUGAUCUGGACCAUCAUCCUCCGCUUUGCCAUCCAGGACAUCUCCGUGGAAGAGACUUCGGCGAAGGAAGGGCUGCUCUUGUGGUGCCAGAGGAAGACAGCCCCUUACAAAAACGUCAACAUCCAGAACUUCCACAUCAGCUGGAAGGAUGGCCUUGGCUUCUGUGCCUUGAUCCACCGACACCGGCCUGAGCUGAUCGACUACGGGAAGCUGCGGAAGGACGACCCCCUCACAAAUCUGAACACGGCCUUCGACGUGGCAGAGAAGUACCUGGACAUCCCCAAGAUGCUGGAUGCCGAAGACAUCGUGGGGACCGCCCGACCGGAUGAGAAGGCCAUUAUGACUUACGUGUCCAGCUUCUACCACGCCUUCUCUGGCGCCCAGAAGGCCGAGACAGCAGCCAAUCGUAUCUGCAAGGUGCUGGCCGUGAACCAGGAGAAUGAACAGCUCAUGGAAGACUACGAGAAGCUGGCCAGUGAUCUGCUGGAGUGGAUCCGCCGCACCAUCCCGUGGCUGGAGAACCGGGCGCCCGAGAACACCAUGCAGGCCAUGCAGCAGAAGCUGGAGGACUUCCGCGACUAUCGGCGCCUGCACAAGCCGCCCAAGGUGCAGGAGAAGUGCCAGCUGGAGAUCAACUUCAACACGCUGCAGACCAAGCUGCGCCUCAGCAACCGGCCCGCCUUCAUGCCCUCCGAGGGCAGGAUGGUCUCGGACAUCAACAACGCCUGGGGCUGCCUGGAGCAGGCAGAGAAGGGCUACGAGGAGUGGCUGCUGAACGAGAUCCGGAGGCUGGAGAGGCUUGACCACCUGGCAGAGAAGUUCCGGCAGAAGGCUUCCAUCCACGAGGCCUGGACGGACGGCAAAGAGGCCAUGCUGCAGCAGAAGGACUACGAGACGGCCACCCUCUCGGAGAUCAAGGCCCUGCUCAAGAAGCACGAGGCCUUCGAGAGCGACCUGGCUGCCCACCAGGACCGCGUGGAGCAGAUCGCCGCCAUCGCCCAGGAGCUCAAUGAGCUGGACUACUACGACUCACCCAGUGUCAACGCCCGGUGCCAAAAGAUCUGUGACCAGUGGGACAAUCUAGGAGCCCUGACUCAGAAGCGCAGGGAAGCCCUGGAGCGGACAGAGAAACUGCUGGAAACCAUCGACCAGCUGUACCUGGAGUACGCCAAGCGGGCGGCACCCUUCAACAACUGGAUGGAGGGGGCCAUGGAGGACCUGCAGGACACCUUCAUCGUGCACACCAUCGAGGAGAUCCAGGGACUGACCACAGCGCAUGAGCAGUUCAAGGCCACCCUCCCAGAUGCCGACAAGGAGCGCCUGGCCAUCCUGGGCAUCCACAACGAGGUGACCAAGAUUGUCCAGACCUACCACGUCAACAUGGCCGGCACCAACCCCUACACAACCAUCACGCCUCAGGAGAUCAAUGGCAAAUGGGACCAUGUGCGGCAGCUGGUGCCUCGGAGGGACCAGGCCCUGACGGAGGAGCAUGCCCGCCAGCAGCACAACGAGAGGCUACGCAAGCAGUUCGGGGCCCAGGCCAACGUCAUCGGGCCCUGGAUCCAGACCAAGAUGGAGGAGAUCGGGAGGAUCUCCAUCGAGAUGCACGGGACCCUGGAGGACCAGCUCAGCCACCUGCGGCAGUACGAGAAGAGCAUCGUCAACUACAAGCCCAAGAUCGACCAGCUGGAGGGCGACUACCAGCUCAUCCAGGAGGCGCUCAUCUUCGACAACAAGCACACCAACUACACCAUGGAGCACAUACGUGUGGGCUGGGAGCAGCUCCUCACCACCAUCGCCAGGACCAUCAACGAGGUGGAGAACCAGAUCCUGACCCGGGACGCCAAGGGCAUCAGCCAGGAGCAGAUGAACGAGUUCCGGGCCUCCUUUAACCACUUUGACCGGGAUCACUCCGGCACGCUGGGUCCCGAGGAGUUCAAAGCCUGCCUCAUCAGCUUGGGUUAUGAUAUUGGCAACGACCCCCAGAAGAAGACAGGCAUGAUGGACACGGAUGAUUUCCGAGCCUGCCUGAUCUCCAUGGGUUACAACAUGGGAGAGGCAGAAUUUGCCCGGAUCAUGAGCAUCGUGGACCCCAACCGCCUGGGCGUAGUGACAUUCCAGGCCUUCAUCGACUUCAUGUCCCGGGAGACGGCCGACACAGACACAGCAGACCAGGUCAUGGCUUCCUUCAAGAUCCUGGCCGGCGACAAGAACUACAUCACCGUGGACGAGCUGCGCCGGGAGCUGCCGCCGGACCAGGCCGAGUACUGCAUCGCGCGGAUGGCCCCCUACACCGGCCCCGACGCCGUGCCCGGUGCUCUGGACUACAUGUCCUUCUCCACGGCCCUCUACGGCGAGAGUGACCUCUAA